AUGACUACACUGCGAAAAGAAGCCUAUAUUCCUCCACACCUGCGCAGCCGUCCCCCUUCCAACAAGGCCUCUAUUCCGCCACACCUGCGCAACCGUCCCUCUGCCAACGAAGCGACGACAGAUCCAGGACGCAAUAAUGCUGCCACCAAUGGCUCGCCUUCUUCUUCGGACAAGUCCAAAUCCACGGUUGUUACUAAGCCCGAGUCAGUUCAGAACCAAAACAACAUGCGCAAGGCAACACCAUCUUCACCAGCAACCACACCACAUGACCCUGUAGAGCAUGUAAAUGAAGAUAUGGUUAUGCCCGAAAACGUCUGGGGCGGUUGGGGUGGUUGGAAUGAACCUGAGAUCAAGCAUUCGCAUGCUCAUCAGAAAACUGCUAAUCCGCAUUCGAAUCGUGGCCCUCAGCCGUACAAGAGGAAGCCUUGGCCAAAACAAAGGGACAUGAAGUAUAUUCCCGGCAACAGCGAUAGCGGUGGCGGUGUCAACUGCUGGUCUGAGAGCAACGGAGACCCUAACUACGAUGUCAAGAAAUUGCUAGACUGGAACGGCGAUUGGCUUCCUGCCCCCGAAUCAUGGUCCGCUCGGAAAGGACACCACGACCGCCACCUUGGUGCGCAUGUAGAGAAAUGGAUCAAUGGACACUCACGGGAGUGCACCAGACCUAUAUACUACGCACUCUGCAAUUUCAGCCCCAAAGAUGGACCUUGUAAAGAGCUGGCACCUCGUUACUGGCUCGAGGCGAAGGUCGAGGGUUGUAACUUGAAAGAAUCUUGGAAGACAAUCUCCGCUUCGGACCCAAAGCCACUAGAUGAUAUGGACCUUGCUGGCCAUGUGCCUUGGUGGGAGAUGUACGAAGAUGUGGUCUAUUCCGAGGUGAUCCACGAGGACGGUCAGGGUAAACGGUAUCUCAAGCAUAAGAGCUGUUACCUGAACAGUCUACCGGCGCCGGAGGCUAGGAUCGACCCUACCGAUGCAGAGCAUCCUACCACUCCUGUGAUGCUGGCUUCAGCUGCAGAGAAGCUUGAGGCCAUACUAAAACGUAGGGAGGCUAAGGAGCGUCGCGUGUUGGCCAAGCGUAAUCGUCCAGUCCCGAACUCGACGUUUUCAAUGCAGGCCAUGGAAGAUCGUCGCCUGCGCCCCAAGGCCAACAUGUACAUUCGUCCUGUCCAGCCAGCAGACGUUGUUGGCAUUGGAGCGAUUUACAAUUAUUACGUCGAGCACACCAUUUACGCAGCCGAGUUUGACGGACGCACUGAAGAUCACAUCCGCCAGCGUAUCAACACGGUCACCAGCGCAGGCCUUCCGUACUUGGUCGCAAUCUCAAAGAGCAACGAGUCCAGGGUUAAUCCCGGCUAUGUCACAGAAAAGAUUGUAGGCUUCAUCAGCUUGGAUGACUACUGCAGCCAGGCAUCCUUAUUCCGCUACACUUUUGAGAUGGAGCUGUUCGUCCACCCAGGUUAUACGAGUAAAGGUAUUGGCAAAUGUCUUGUGGAUCGUCUUCUAGAGAUGGCGGACACAAGCUACCGCCUUCGCGGUGGGUAUGAGUACGUCAACAACUUCGAAUACCUCAAGACCGGGCCAGCAAGGGUUAUCAAGACGAUCCUGCUCAACGUCCACCAUGAGAAUGGGGAACAUGCAGAGACAGGGUGGCAGGGCAAGUUUCUCCACGCCUGCAAGUUCCAUCGUGUCGGUCGGCUCCCCAAGGUGGGGUAUAAGAACAACACUGUUAUAGAUGUUGCCAUCUAUGCGCACCACACCGGUGAAGAGAUCAACGCAGGCGGCCGUCCGACUGUCGCAGGAUAA